CCUGUGUGGAAACGUUCAUGUUUCAGAAGCUCGGCAUGGGAAAAGAAACCCUUCCCACAGUCAGAGCAGAGCAAAGAGAAAAAUGAGAAACUAUCACCAUCAAUGAUGAGCCUGCCACAUUGAGGCUGACAUGAGCUGAAAAGGUGGGACCAAGAGGCGCAGUGACGCCACAGACUGCACACAGAUUAAGGCUCUUUCACCACAAGCAUCCAGUGGAGUUUAUGUCAUACAUCCUCCUGGAGCUGAGACCCCGUUCAAGGUGCACUGUGAGAUGCAGAAAGAUGAAGGCUGGACAGUGUUUCAGAGGCGCAGUGGAGAAGCAGUUCGUUUUGACAGGAACUGGGAUGAAUAUAAAAAUGGAUUUGGCUCCCUCAAGGAGGACCACUGGCUUGGACUGAAGAAGGUUUUCUCUCUAACCAAGAACAAGGCCAAGGAGUGGAUCUUGAGGAUCGAUCUGUGGGACUAUGAAGGUGGCACUGCAUUUGCCGAGUACAGAAAUUUUAGAAUAGACAACGAAGAAAAGGCUUUCAAACUGCACGUCGGGAACUACAGUGGAAAUGCAGGUGACGCCAUCCAUGGUGACCAGCCAGGUAUGGACCAGAAUGGCUAUGGCUUCAGCACUAUUGACCAUGACAAUGACGGCUGCUCCCCCUGCAUUACUCCUGACAUUGCUCUAAAUGAAUGUUCCUCUUCAGAAGAUGCUGCUGCUUGGUGGUACAGUCGCUGUGGCUCUGCCAGUCUAAAUGGUCAAUGGCACCCUGUUGGUGACAACAUUGGUUGGGUGUCAGGCCUUCACUGGGGAACCUGGAAACCUUCUUAUAUGUCUUAUUCUGCCAAGGCCAGCAGAAUGAUGAUCAAGUCUGUGUGAAAGGAAGUAGUCUGCCCAUGUUUAACUUUUGAGGCAAAUUUGUAAUUUAAAACAUUGGGCUAUGGAAAUAAAUUUUAACCUGAAGAUGGUGGUUGUCUUGCUUAUUUCACAUUUCCUGGGUGUGUCUGUCUUUGGAGAGUAUUUAUUCUUUUCAAAUAUCUGCAUGUCAGCA